AUGCCUUCCUCUAUCAAAAUCGCCCUCCUUGUCUUCCUCACUGUCUUCGGCCUCUCCGUCGCUGCACCCAUUCCCGACAACAACACCCAACUAGGCAACUCAUACUCUGGAGCAGGCGGCCACGCCGAUGGCGGGGCUGUGAAGAACUCCAAUCCAAACACUAAUGCCCCCUUCAGCCGCUUGUCACUCAUCAAGCUGUUCUCCAGUAACGCCGGUGACGGUGGAUCCUCAACCUCUGGGUCUUCUAGUGGAAGCGAGUCUUUCGCUGUCAGUCAGGCACAGGCAGCAACUGGCAAUGGCACGGCGCCCACGGGCAACACAAACAACGCUCUGGGCAAUUCGUAUAGCGGAGCUGGCGGGCAAGCGAAUGGAGGUUCCGUCGAUGACUCCAGCGCUCCCAUUGAGCUCUUCUCCGACAACGCUGGAAAAGGCGGAAAUGGGAAGAGCGGCGCCAGUGGCCCACUCGCCGGCAUCCUUGUCCCCAGCAGCAAGAGCACGAGCACGAAGACCUGGAGGACCACCAAGUUUACACGCGUCGUCCACCUUCAGCUCGACUGA